UUUUGGCUUUCAACAUUGAAGCUCUUUGCUGACUGCUCAAAGUUUUAACAAAUACACGUUUUCUCUCUCUCUCUCUCUCUCUCUCUCUCUCUCACACACACACACACACACACACACGCAUACAGAGAGAGACACCAAAAACAAAAACCCAAUUGAAAUAAAUCACUCUUUUGGUUCCAUAUCCUUUUCUUACAGUUAUGGAAAAUCAACAGCCUUCCAUGAAUUCAAGAUUCAGACGUGUCUGUGUUUUCUGUGGGAGCAGCCCUGGAAAGAACCCUAGCUACCAGCUUGCUGCUAUUCAACUUGGAAAACAUCUGGUGGAAAGGAACAUUGACUUGGUUUAUGGAGGAGGAAGUAUUGGCUUGAUGGGUCUCGUGUCCCAAGCUGUCUAUGAUGGCGGUCGACACGUUCUGGGAGUAAUUCCCACGACUCUCAUGCCAAGAGAGAUCACUGGAGAAACUGUCGGAGAAGUUAGAGCUGUAUCAGGCAUGCAUCAACGCAAAGCCGAAAUGGCCCGCCAAGCCGAUGCAUUCAUUGCCUUGCCAGGUGGCUAUGGCACCUUGGAAGAACUUUUGGAAGUGAUCACUUGGGCUCAACUGGGAAUCCAUGAAAAACCGGUGGGCUUGUUGAACGUUGAUGGUUACUAUAACUCACUCCUAUCAUUCAUAGACAACGCUGUAGGUGAAGGUUUCAUAACACCAGCUGCCCGUAACAUUAUCGUGUCUGCCCCCACUGCCCAUGAACUCAUGUGCAAGCUCGAGGAUUAUGAGCCCAAGCAUUCUGGGGUGGGCCCAAAGCUAAGUUGGGAGAUGGAACAACAAUUGGGUUAUGCAACAAAGUCGGAUAUUUCUCGUUGACCUAAUCAUCAUUUACGUUCAAAAAUAUGUUGUAAAAUAGUACAAUAUGAUCAAUGAUUAAUAUUGGCCCUAGGUUUUUAGUUGAUUUCUCUACUAUACACAUAACCAUGUAGAAGGGAGUUCCACUCCGAAAAAAAAUUUUAGGUAGUCCCGAAGCAGUGUUUCAUGCUCUCACAAAUAGAGUCGGCUCCAUAUGGAAGUAAAUUGUCAUCACAGUUCUUUUAA